CGUCGUUUCCAGGUAAGCAGAUUGAUCCCGUCUGUGUGCAUCGAUAAGAAACUUCUUGUGGAGGACAGCUCUCUAUGGAGGAUGUGCACACUAUGGUGCUUUGUAAACCCAAGCUGCUCCCUUUUAAAUCAGUGAACCUAGAAAAGCUGGAGAAAAUGCAGCAGGAAGCACAGGAAACAAUUCGUCAGCAGGAAAUGGCUGUGAAAGAGUAGCAGCGACAAGACCUGCUACUAGCUUGCAGGGUCAACACCUACUGCCAUACCCAACCCACAGUAGGAAUGCCCAUUCUGCGCAGAUAUGUGGUUAUCUGUGUAAGGUGGAGACAAUCGUAA